AUGCUUGAUCCACUUUCAGCUGUCAGCCUUGCUGGCAACAUUCUUCAGUUUAUCGAGUUUGCUGUAAAGCUUACCCGAGGUGGAAUAGAGAUCUACAAAUCUCCAGACGGUACCCCUCCAGAAAUUAUCAGCCUUGAUGAAAUUACUAAGGACCUUCUUCAACUCUCUUCACAACUCGUGGUUCAAGACAACCACUACAGCACCUCAACAGAAGCCCAACCGAAAGAUGCAAUCAAAGAUGAUAUCAGACUAGCUCGGCUGGCGAAAAUAUGCCAAGAUGUUGCGACGGAGUUGAGUCAGACGCUGGACAGCCUGAAAAGACGUGAAGAUUCUCACCACCUCAAAUGGGAUGCAUUUCAGCGUUCGUUGAGACAUUUGAUGAAGAAGAAUCAGAUCAAGGAGCUUCAGACCCGUCUUGAGGCUGUGCGCGACGAACUCAACACACGGUUUCUUUUCAAACAGAGCGAGGAUACCUCAAGACUCUUGAAAGAGCUGGAUCGGAUUUCAAAUGAGAGUGAACGGCUUGGAACGCACAUACAAAGCCUUGAGUCCUUGAAGGAAGACAUCAUCGAGGAGAUCAAAGGGAUGAGAGAAGUUCGCGAUAACCGCGGAAGUAGCCCAUCAUUCGGUGCCAGAGUUGCUCAGCUGGGAGAUGUUGGUACUCUCAUUUCGAAGGAGCAGAUAAUCCUUGGAAGCUUGCAUUAUCGCACGAUCAAGAUUCGGUUCGAAAAUCUGAGAGAAGCCCAUACCCGAACAUUCCAGUGGGCAUUCAACAGCAACGACGUUCACCUCAGAGAGUGGCUCGAGCAAGAGAGCGGUAUUUUUUGGAUAUCGGGCAAAGCUGGGUCCGGGAAGUCGACUCUCAUGAAGCUCCUAUGCCAGCAUUCUGGAACAGAUGCGGCUCUUACUCGAUGGGCCAAAACAAUGAAACUCAUCAAAGCUCACCAUUUCUUCUGGUACAGCGGACCCGCGGAACAAAAGACGAGCGAAGGUCUCUUGCGGUCUCUACUCUUCCAGGUACUCAGGGAAGUUCCGAAAUUGAUUCCGAUCGUGUUCCCGCGCCAAUGGAAGGAAGUUGGUAUUUACUUUCGAGACAAGGUACCUUUCACUCGGGCGCAGCUGGCAGAUUCCUUCAAGACUCUUGUGUAUCAGGAUUCCAUCCCUAUCAAGAUCUGCAUCUUUGUGGAUGGCUUGGAUGAAUUUGAGGAAUCCGAGGAGAACGGCAGCUUCAAAGAUCUCCUCGAACUCUUCAAGUCUUUCUCAACUGCCCCCAAUCUCAAAAUGUGUCUUGCAACCCGACCCUGGCCAUUCGUUCUGGACACUCUGAAAGAGAGCCAAAGAAAGAUUUUCAUGCAAGAUCUCACCAAAUCGGACAUGAAUAUUUACGCUCAAGCACAGCUGAGCCAGUAUCGGGGGUUUUCCGGUAUCAUCAACCAGGAGAAAUUCACCUCUCAAAUUGUUGAAAAGGCCCAGGGGAUUUUCUUGUGGGUCUAUCUCGUUGUGAGGAGUCUCAUGAAAGGUCUGGAAAACGGAGAUAGCCCGACGGAUCUUGAAAGACGCCUAGAAUCUGUUCCAGAGGGACUCGAAAGAUUAUUCGAAAGGAUGCUUCAAAGCGUUGAUCCGUUUUACCGAUCAUCCUCCGCCCGAAUGCUUCAAGUUGCCAUCCAAAGUAACGAGACCCUGCCACUCCUCGCAUACCAGUUUGUGGAAAUGGAAAAGGAGGAUCCAGACUAUGCGGUCACAAAACACAUCCAAGAAGUCAACAGACAGAAUGUUUUGGUCAUUCGCGAUGAAAUGAGGAAGCGACUGCAUGCCCGUACCUCUGAUCUUUUCGAAGUCAUUAGUGAGGGAACGUACAAAGUAUGGCGCACCCCGGCUUUUCUGAACUUCAGAGUGGCUUUCGUCCACCGAACUGUGCGGGAGUUUCUGAUCGACUCUGGAGAUGUCCAAAAAAUGCUUUCGCAGUACGCCCCUGAAUUUGACCCUCGGCUGUCUCUUUGCAGACUGCAUCUUGCCCUGGUCAAAGCAAUUCCCGCGGACGUAUUUGCGGAUACUUUUUGGUGCGUCCAGCCGAUGAUCCAGGACUUCUUCGACACCGUUAAGCAAAGAGAAACCGCACAAAAUGAGUCCGACGUGGUUCUCUUGGACGAGCUCGAUCGCCUUGUCACUGCGCGAAGACAUAAGCAGGGUGAGCACGAUGAGCAGGGUGGGCAGGGUGGGCACUGGGCUGCAAAGUGGAAAGACUAUCAUGAAUUGACCAGCACCCGACAAGCCGAGCAUGCUAGGAACGAACAGUACCGGAAAGAUACAUUUCAAUUACGCACACCAAGAAGCAAACCCUACCUGGCUCUGAUCAUAUUUUGCUACGCAGCCGUUGCACUCUCAUCCUGGGUUAUCACGUGCAACAUCGGUCGUCUCGCCAUCUGGCCCGUUCAACAAGCAUUUCUUGAGCCACAGUCAACCACCAAAGCUAGAUCUCCGCGCCGUGAGCGAGAUGGAACCGGGGCCUACGAUAUCCCUCAAUUGUUUUCAUACCGAGGCUACAACAAUCUGGGUGUCGUUCGCCUUCGUAAGGCAAUGGAUUCGUUCUCAAGGACAGACUGCAACCCUCACCUUUGGCAUGGGGCGUGGAAUGAUAAUUGGUGUGCUGGAAGCCAAACAGACGCCAAAUUCUACGAUCAGCCAAGUUUUAGCGACUUCUUCCGGGACGACGAAUGGAAUGAUGAAUGGAACAACGGUACUGUUUUCAUGGCACAGAUGCCGUCUGGAUUCAACACGGGGUUUGCGCGAGCAUGGAUUCCUCGCUUCAACACCAGUGUUGACUAUGAGCAAAUUGGUCAAAGUAGUGUACCGUCUGGGUGCUUUACGAACGAUAGUGAUGUUGAUUUAAUCAAACAUCGGGAUCGACAGGAUUUCGAAGAGGUGUUCUAUCUCAACAUCUCUGGGGUAACGGAUGCGCUAUCCUUUACUCCGGGCACUUGGAAAAUCUCUGCCCGGACAAGCGUAGGCUACUUCGAACUUCCCAAUUACCACAAUGAUGGAACUCCGGGCCCGCUCCUUGAGAAAUUCACCUUGCCAGAAGACACCUAUAUAUAUGAUUAUGUGUAUCCCGAUACAGAUGGAAGUGACUGGAACAAGAGCAACUCGUACAUACUCGGUCUCGAGGACGUGCCAAACAAAGGGCCGCUCACAACCAUCUACACCGCCCUAUUCAGCAACAACUCUUUCCUUGACGCCUGGUCGGAUCCCUCCUACAGAAACUACGUCUCCAACGCCGUCCAAUCCAGAUACACGGGCCUGUGCGAGGACGUCCUGCCGAUGGGGCCGGUCAUCGAGGCCUUCCGCGCGACUUACAACUCCCGGACAACCAACAUCUGCCUGAGCAUGGACGCAUCCAACGUCGAGAUGUUCGUAGCCAUCUGGCUUGCCAACUUCGCCGACGCCGACGUCAUGCGCGCCGCCUUCCGCAUGGCCGCCUUCAUGGCCAACGAGAUCAACUUCCUCGAACCCGCCCCUUAUGCCUUGAGCCCCGGCUACACCAUCGACAUCGACUUGGGUGUCGAUGUGACGGCGCCCGUGAUGCCGUUGGUGGGCAUCAUCGUCGGGUCUAUCUUGCUGGGGCUGUUCCUCUUGCUGCUGAUUGCGUUGGCGCUCUUUGCCGCGUCGACGCCGCAUUGGACGGACCGGUUGGAUGCGUAUGCGGCGCUUAAGAUGGGGGCCGCCAUGGCGCUGUCCACCGAGGGGCUGGCUAAGGUGGGGAUUAGCGGGGAAAAUGCCUUGGAUAGGGCGCCUGGGUUUGUUGGAGACGCCAUGCCGGAGAGUGAGGUUGGUAGGUUGGCUGUUGGUGCUAAGGGUCCGUUGAGAAGGCGGAGAUACGAGGCUUCUGUGUGCGGUGUCAUUCCGGAAUGA